UGCUCUGGUAAGUCCUCAAUAUUGAGAAGUUUUUAUGUUUUGGGAAUAAAUUAAACUAUGAAAGUUAUUUUAUAUAUAAUGUAGUGAAGAAAUGUAAAUAUGCCUACGCAUUCUUACUAAUUAGGAUAUUGAUCCUGGGAGUUACCAGAAAUUCGCAAAACAAUAAACCACGCGCUUUGUUUUUUUCCCGCACACGUCAAAGACAUAAAAGGCACGAGGUUUGAUAUUAAAGAGUGUUGACGGUGAGAAAAAUCUUUGUUACACUUGAAGUAUUUCUCUUUUGAGGGGGCAAAUAGGUCCCCGGGGUCCUCACUAUUAUUUCAUGAAUCAAGAUAUCAACUUAGCGGGCGUGUGUGCGCGCGGCGUGUCCUGUCUCGUCAGGACGGAACCCAGACCUAAAUCUAGUCCCGGACCAAAACCUAGUCCCGGACCUAGACGCUGCCGCGCGUCCGCACAGGCCCGGGUAUCGAGGAGGAGCGCCACGUAGCGAGGGCUGAAGACACCGGGGCGCAGGUAUCUCUGCAGACGAUACGAGACGUCAACAAACAGUCCGCUGCCGCCCCCCCCCCCCAAAAAAAAGAUCACAGGCAUCGCUCUUUCCUAAAUGCACAUCCGCGAAAUUCGAGGGAGCGCGAGCGAGGAAAGUGCGCGUUCAAGCCCGAAUCUGUGCAACUCUGAUUGCACGGACGCAGGAGGGAGGUCGCUCUCGAAGGAGAUGAUGCACUGCAAAUGGCUUUCCAAGCAGCACACGGAAGUCCCUGCAGCAGUUCCAUGUCUGUCUCUGCAGCUUGAGGACACCAGCAGUCUGCAGAUGAAGUGAAUCUAAGACCUGCCUACACCUCGCAAACGGAUUUCAGAGGAUUUUAGCUCGAAAUUUUCAGCAUCAAAGACACAAAGCCUUUUUGCAUAUUUUUAAGCAUAUGGCGCAAAACCUGGAACGGAUUAUAUGUCUUUCCGACUGCCUAUCCUACCUGGGACAGCAUGGAGGCUCUUUUUGAGUCUGGUUAAAUAUCAACCGCCUCGUCCCCUCCUUCCUGUCUCUUUAGUCGAAGGAGGGUGGGGGAUCGGUGUGGCGUCCCCUGCCCUUCCUCGUAGAGUAGGCUAGCCCGGCUUGGCAAAGUCUUUUUUAUUUCCACCAACUCAUCCCUGCUUCAUGAAAUCCUGCAAGAGCCUGAGGGAAGAGGUUUCUGUUCCGAGCCUUGGCGGGAUGUCCCAGGAGGAAGGACGGAGGGCUCCGGUUACCCAAUCCUAUUUCCACUCCCCUAACCCAGAUUUGGACCUGGCAGGCAAGCUGUAUAAGAGGGAAGUUGGUGGUAAGCCGUAUUCUGUGUUAGUGGACAAUAAAAUGUCAACAAAGACCUCCAUGGGAGAUCAGAACAUCGGUUCGAUUCCCAUCCAACAUGUGACGCCACAGCAGCAUCAGCAGUACUUCAGAGAGGCAGCAGUAGGACAGGAGGCGGGGACGCACGGGUCCCAGGCUGCCAACAACCGCACCUCGGACGACACUGAAGAUGACGACGAGGAGGAGGAGGAGGAGGAGGAAGAUGAUGAUGACGAUGAAGAUGGGGAGGAGGAGAGCUACAAGCGUGAGCAGAUCAUUGUCGAGGUUAACCUGAACAACCAGACACUUCAUGUGUCCAAGGCAGACAGCAAGACUGUGACCACAGCUGAUGACUCUGAAAGAGCAGGCAGCGACGAUGACGACGAGGAGGAGGAGGAAGAGGAGGAGGAAGAAGAAGAAGAAGAAGAGGAGGAGGAGGACGAGGAUAGCCUUGAUGAAGAAGAUGAAGAAGAGCUAGAGAGUCAAAGAACAAGGUCAAAGAGAGCUCGCCGGGGUGAUGGCGACACGGCGGCGCCCAGCCAGCCGCUGAGAAAAAGCCUCCGGACGGCUCUGAGCAAAGCCGCCGCCGGAAUGACCACCAGGGGCCGGCGGAGGCGCAUGGAGCCUGCAAAGCGCAAGCGCCGGUCGGCCCGGUCGGCCCCGUCCUCUGCCGGUUCCGCGGCGGCGGGGGGGAAGGCGGAGGCGGAGGAGAAGGAGAUGCUGACGUGUGAAAAGUGCCCGCGGGUGUUCAACACGCGCUGGUACCUGGAGAAGCACAUGAAUGUCACUCACCGGAGGAUGCAGAUCUGCGACAAGUGCGGCAAAAAGUUUGUCCUGGAAAGUGAGCUGGCCUUGCACCAACAGACCGACUGCGAGAAGAACAUCCAGUGUGUCUCCUGCAACAAGUCUUUUAAGAAGCUGUGGUCACUGCACGAGCACAUAAAGAUUGUGCACGGCUAUGCAGAAAAGAAGUUCUCAUGUGAGAUCUGUGAGAAGAAAUUCUACACUAUGGCUCAUGUCCGCAAGCACAUGGUUGCUCACACAAAGGACAUGCCGUUUACCUGUGAGACGUGUGGGAAGUCGUUUAAACGCAGCAUGUCUUUAAAAGUUCACUCGCUCCAGCAUUCGGGAGAGAAACCCUUCCGUUGUGAGAACUGUGACGAGCGGUUCCAGUACAAGUACCAGCUGCGCUCCCACAUGAGCAUUCACAUCGGACACAAGCAGUUCAUGUGCCAGUGGUGUGGCAAAGACUUCAACAUGAAACAGUAUUUUGAUGAGCACAUGAAAACACACACAGGAGAGAAGCCUUUCAUUUGCGAGAUCUGCGGGAAGAGCUUCACCAGCCGGCCCAACAUGAAGCGCCACCGCCGCACCCACACGGGGGAGAAGCCCUACCCCUGCGACGUGUGCGGCCAGCGCUUCCGCUUCUCCAACAUGCUGAAGGCGCACAAGGAGAAGUGCUUCCGCGUCACCAGCCCCGUGGUCCUGCAGACCAGCGGCCCCCCCCUGCCCGUGCGCAUCUUCGCCAACACCUUCUCCACCUCCUCGUCCUCCACCUCCGGUCCCAGUCCCUCCGCCGCCGCCGCCCCCCCCCUCAGCGCCGUGGACCUCAACCCGGCGGGGGGGCCCAUGCCUCCGCGAGGCCCCGCGGGACACGCGUUCUCCCACGUGCAGCUCCACUCAAACCCCUCCCACCACCACCCCCACCCCGCGGCGACCCAGCAGCACCUCGCAAACGCACCGCAACACCCCCACCACCACCUGCCGGUGCCCGCGGUCUCCCAACUCCCCCCACCCCCGGCCCUGUUCAAGAGCGAGCCCUUAAACCACUGUGGGCAUGAAGACGCCAGCUACAUGCACCACAUGGCUCCCCCCGACAAGGGCCCCGGGGCCCCCCAGCACCACUGAACAGGGCUCCAGCUCUCCGGGCCCCCACCAAACCGCCGCGCCUUUUGUUCCUCCUCUUCUUGUAGUCCGGGCCUCAGUCUCUCGGUUGCGGUGCUCCUCUCCAACUGAUUAAACACACCUGUGUGUGAGAUGCAGACUUACACACCCUCAGUAAGACCCCGAUGCUUAGAUGCUGCUCAACUAAAAAACCUUUUAAAAUGAAAGGAAGGAGUUCUCCAUUUGUACGUUGGUGGGUGUAAAGUGUCUCCUUGCUGAUGGAUGGAGGG